AUGCUAUUUAGGCAAAGAAGAGCGAUUUUCUCAUGCUACUUUAGCAGCUCGAGCUGUAACCCCAAACAGGCUUACAAUCGGCCUCACUUGCCUGCUCUGCAACGCACGUACCUCGGGUCAUGCAUUUUAUGCAUUACAGAUUAUUUCAACUUUGACGAUUUCAAACCUGACGCUUCCAUAUACGCAAGAACAUCCUACUUCCAGGAAAUCGCGCCUGAGAGGACAUCAACA